GAAUAUGUUUUAACAUAUACCCUGCAUUAAUUGGUUAUAUCAACAGAGAUGACGAUUGGAGUUUGGUGCGAAACUCGAGAUUGGUGCAAUUAUUUUAAAAUGCUAGAAAUGCCCAACUAACUCCCGUACUUCUAGCUCUAGACCCAAAAUUCGGGAACGGUAAAGAACGAUGCCUCCAUUGACUUCGUGGCUGGUGCUGCCCAUUCUCGUGUUGUUGGCGGCUCCGGCAACAACCCCUCCAGCACGUGCCUCACCGGUCGCGUCGUCCUUCGACGGUCAACGGGAGUUUGACUAUUUCAAGUUAGCGUUGCAAUGGCCCGGCACUUACUGCAAACGCACCCGCAGUUGCUGCCCCACCAAUGGUUGCUGCAGAGGCUCCAAUUCUCCAGCAGUAUUCACCAUACAUGGACUCUGGCCUGACUAUAAUGAUGGAAGCUGGCCGUCCUGUUGCUCUGGAUCUAGUUUUGAUCCAAAAGAGAUAUCAACAUUGACUAAUGCUUUAGAGCAAUAUUGGCCAUCAUUGAGCUGUAGCAAGCCAUCAUUAUGCCAUGGUGGGAAAGGAACAUUUUGGGCUCAUGAGUGGGAGAAACAUGGCACAUGCUCUUAUCCUGUGUUUCGAAAUGAAUAUGAUUAUUUUCUGACAGUUCUGAAUGUCUAUUUCAAAUAUAAUAUUACGAGCGUUCUAAAUGAUGCUGGAUAUGUUCCCUCUAAUACAGAAAAGUAUCCCCUUGGAGGCAUCAUCUCUGCCAUUGAGAAUGCUUUUCAUGCAUCUCCUCAAAUAGUUUGCUCAAAAGAUUCCAUUGAGGAACUUUACCUAUGCUUUUAUAAGAACUUCCAGCCACGAGAUUGUGCUCUUGGAUCUGACAUUAAAAUCGACAUGGUUACUUCAAAAAAAUCUUGUCCCAAAUAUGUUAGCUUGCCAGAAUCUGUAUCAGUGGGGUACAAUGGACUUCAAAGUCGGGUCUCUGAUGAUGUAGCUCUUUAAGGUUAUGGCACUGUGCUUCUAUUUGUAAAUAUCUGUACCUUGCGAACGAGCAAAGCCGCACGAAUAAAGUUAUUAGGAUGUGGUACCAUUUAUCAAUUAGUGAUAAAUGAAUAUAGUGAAGAGCUGGACAUUUGAAUUGGGAUCUAGACCUGCUAAAGUUUAGCCAGAAAAAAUGGUUGAAAGUAUUAUUUGGGAAUUGGGAGCUGGUGCCAUGUAUUUGGAGUCUGGGUUUUAUCAUUUUCUUUAUUAUUGGAAGAAUGUACAACUGUAUAAUGGAAUACGUUGUUGUAUCACGUGGAAUUAUGAAAAUAUGUACCUUUCCUUAAUAUUGUCAUA